AAAGGGGAUCAACUGUUCGUAAAGCAUUACGGCCUAUUGAUGUUAAGCGAAUAAAAUUACAAUCGCUUGGGGAGGAGUAGUAUAUUUCUAGCCCACCUCUCAAUGGGAACGCCGCACCAAAAGGUUCAAGUCUUUAACAGUCUAACAAUUCAUAAAACGAUAUUAAUUGUGAGUAAGAAGAAGGGAAAUGGCGACGCUUGGACUUUUACAACCAGCUCAGCUUCACAAGCACCCAGCUUUAACACCUGAACGAAUAAUGAGCCAGGGACACUGCCAACCGACAAAUGCACCAUUAGCCAUGUUAGCCGCAACGUGCCAGAGGAUACCACGCAGUCAUCCAGAACUCAUCCAUCCAGGCCUCUCGGGUGUUUCACCACGAUUUAGUCCAUACCAAAGACCGACGUAUCAUCAUCCACACAGCCCCGUACAACAUCACAGCCCAGCGGAGAUUCACGCCACGCAUCCUUCACAGCUUCCUGGAUACAGUCCAAUGAUUCCACAUGGACAAUUGUCUCCUCAAAAGAAAAUAUAUCCAAUAACCCCACUCCCAGAGCGCCCAACACCAAACCAGGCAGCAAUGGCUGCUUAUGAUCUGGAAAUACAGCGAUCUAAAAUGCUUGGAUUACAUCAUCAUCAAACUGUGCUCUCAGCCGCCGCUUCAUUGAACACACUCUGUCCAAACUCAGGAAUAGCCGCCGCGGAACUUGUUCAGAUGAACUCAAUGGCGCGUGGACAUCAUUCACCGCGUAGUGUUGCGGAGUUAACGGCGCACGUAGCCGCUGUCGCCAGCCUAACACACGCUCAACAACGGCCAUCACCCAUUCAAAUGAUGAGCCCAACUCCGGUUGCUAGCCUGCCAAAACAGUUGUCCCCCGCGCCAGCUUCCGAAGCAGAUACACCAUGGUGGAGUGUCACGUCCCCUCAGCUGUCACCCGCAAUCUCACCAACAUACAGUGUUUCGCCAAACCUCGUCCUGUCCCAGCACAGUGACAUACCCUACCCCGCACACAUGGCCAGUCUCAUUGCAGGUGGGAGACCCCCUAUAGCUACCGCAAGGCGCUGCCGGAGAUGCAGGUGCCCUAAUUGCCAAGAUUCCACCAACUCUAACAAUCCAUCGAAACGCAAGCAACAUAUUUGUCAUAUCCCGGGAUGCGGCAAAGUUUACGGGAAGACUUCGCAUUUGAAAGCACAUUUACGUUGGCACACAGGGGAAAGACCGUUUGUGUGUAAUUGGUUAUUUUGCGGCAAAAGUUUCACUCGGUCAGAUGAACUCCAGCGUCACUUGCGUACGCACACGGGUGAGAAACGCUUCGGAUGUAAGGAGUGCGGAAAACGAUUCAUGCGAAGCGACCAUCUCAGCAAACACACCAAGACACAUGAGCAGAAAAAACAAAAAGACAAAUCUGUUGAUGAUAGCAAGGAUGAAAUCAACGAAGACAUCAAAGAGAACAUUGAUAUUAAUGUUACGGAUGACAAUAAUGUUGAUAGCGAAAGUGACAGUGAUAUUGAAGUUGAUGAUAUUGACGAUUAAUAACAAAGAGAAUGUUAUAAAGUAUUUUAAAGUUGCCAAAUGUAAAAUGUAUACGAUGAGUUUAUUGUGUAUCUCAUCUGUUUGUGAAUUUUAAUAGAUUAUUAUGGUCCAGUCAAUAUGAAACUGCUGAAUAAAAUGAAUUUACUAUAUGUGAUGAUGAAUUAAUUAUAAAUAAAUUGACUAAUUAAAA